AUGGGUUGGUUCUGGGCAGACUCAGAUGUCUCCGUGGUCAACGCCAGAGCAGCUCCUCAUGCAAUUCCCAGUGGCAAGAAUGCGUCUCCACCGCCAGGAUGCCCUAUGCACGAAGGCAAAGGCGCAACAACACCAGGACUCAUAGCCAAACAUCCAACUCCUCCCGCAGAAUCCGCUUGUCCGUAUACACCCCCCGACCUCCCAAAGGAUGACGGCUCGACGGCACCCUCAAAAUACUCCAAAUAUAACCCUCUAAACUACAUGUUUUCGGACCUUUCUCAAGACCGAGCGCAGAAUCAGACUGUUGCUCUCCCUACCGACCGUGAACCAUCCACCAUCCCUAAAGGGAACGGAGAAGGAAACUGGGAGUACCCAUCGCCACAGCAAAUGUACAAUGCUUUGUUGCGAAAAGGAUAUACCGAUACUGAUGCCACUGCGGUAGAGAGUAUGGUAUCCGUACACAACUUCUUGAAUGAGGGAGCUUGGGCCGAAGUCGUUGAGUGGGAGCGCAGAUUCAGCAAGGGCUUUGGCAAAGGAUGGGAGAUCUGUAAGAAGGGCGAGUCGGGGACUGCAGCAGCCGCAAAUGACAGCGACACUGAGCAGCCCAAGUUAAUACGGUUCAUGGGCAGACCGCAGGAGAUGACCCCAAAGGCGGCCAUGAUUCAAAUUAUGGGAAAGAUAUACCCGUCCCAUUUUGGGACCGAACCUCCUUUCGAUCGUCAUGACUGGUUCGUCCAACGAGAACAAAAUGGCCAGAAGAAGGAAAUACGAUAUGUGAUCGACUAUUACUCCGGCCCGCCAGAACCGACUGGGGAACCGGUCUUCUAUCUUGAUGUUAGACCAGCCCUUACGCCCACCCAGGCUGUUGAAAGACUGAUGAGGUGGGGUGGCGAUGUCUGGUAUAGAGCUUCUGGUGCUUCGGUCAGAGAGAAGGGAAAUAACUAA